UCUUACAAAUCUAUGAAAAAAUCGGUCAAACUGAAACCCACUCAAAACCCACGGUAUCCCUUUUUCUCUCUCUAUAAGCCGUCUAAUCUAAUCAAACUCUUCACCCAACUUCCUCUUAAUCCCUCUCCAAAUCCCCACCAACAACAUCAAAAAUCAAGAUCAUCAUAUUCCUCAUGGAUCAAACCAACAAUCAAAUUCCAAUUCCAAUUCAAAAUCAUCAUCAAGAACAACAUGUAGACCAAGACUUGUUUGAUCUUCUACCUGAUGCAAUUCUUCAUCUCAUCUUCACCAAAUUAACCGACGCUCCUUCUCUAAUUCGAUGCCUCACCGUCUCCAAACGAUUCGCCUCUCUCACUUCACAAUCCGAUUCCGUUUUCCUCGCCAUUCCUCGUCUCCUCCUCGAUUCCAAGUCGAAAUCCAGAAUCACUCGUACUUCGCAAUCCAGUUCAACGAUUAGGUUUUUCGUUCGUAGGUUUCUGUUUACGCCUUUUCGUUUGAUUCGCCGUCUGAUUGCUCGUACUUCGCAAUCCAGUUCUGGAUUCAGCGAGUGGUAUUACUGGCCAAGCGUUGCGUUGAAGGAAUUGAAAGGAAUUAAGUUCGUUCAUAUGGAACUCCCUUGCUGCGGCGAUGAAAUCGGUUCGAAUCAUAACGGCGGUGCUUUACUCAAAUGGAAAGCCGAGUUUGGUUCUGAAUUGAAGAGUUGCGUUGUUCUCGGAGCGUCGUCUUUACGGAGGAAAUCGAUUGUUGAAUCUGAUUUAGAAGUUAAAGAAACAGAGGAAAAUCGAUUAGAUUUAGAUUCAGAAUCGGAAAUGGGAGAUGAAGAGCUUAAGUUACGAAUUAUAUGGACGAUUUCAUCGUUAAUUGCUGCUUCCAUGAGACAUUACUUAGUGAAACAGAUGGUGAAUGAUUUUCCGUUGCUAAAAACUGUGUUGAUUACUGAUUCAACAAAACAAGGAAGAUUGUGUAUGGAAGAGAAAGAAGUGAUGGAACUCAGAGAAUCGAUGAAAUCGUCUUUGAGUUCUUCGAUUGGAGCUUCUUCGGUACAGAGGACUGUAAUUCCAGAUCUGAAGAUGGAGAUGUGGCAUGUGCCGGUGUUGGAUCUGCCGGCGGCCGGAUUCGUAAUGACGGCGGCGACGCUGGUGGUGAUUAGGCCAAGUGGUGGAGGAAUUGGAUUGGAUGGAUUAGAUUCAAUAGGAGAUGAAUUUGAUGAUGAAGAACGGGAGAAACUUGGAGUCUAUGGAGAAGCUGUGAGGAAAUUGAUGAAGUUGAAAAGGAAUUAUGCUUUGGAGCAACAGAGAGAAAAGAAAGAUAGAGAGAAAAUAGGAGAGAGAAAUAGACGAGAGGAGCCUUAUUGGUGACAAUUCACGUGACAACGAUCGGACGUGCGACGAGGUUACGACGGGGGAGGCGGAGCGGUGGCUGGCAGUGAAUGGCGAAGGGAGGAAAAUGUUAGGGAGGGGUCUACUGUGCACGAAGAAAAGAAAUUUUAGUGUCGUUUUUAUUUUUUUAACCUUCAUAAAUAGUAUAUCAAACAAAUGCAUCAACAGUAUGAAUGAGGGCAUCAUUAUCAAGUUUAUGAGCAGUAUAUCAAUCAAAUGUAUCAACAGGAUGAAGGAGUGUAUCAUUAUCAAGUUUAUCAACAAUAUAUCUAU